CAGUGUAGUUCUGGGUGGACUUCUUUUGAACACUCAAAGUGCAUUAACCAUCACCGCAGCUUCCGCAAGAAACCAACACAGAUUAAAUAUGAGCUUCACAGUCGAAGAGAGGGGGAACCCCAAUACAUUGAGCUAUCGUUUGUUUUUCAAAAAUGCUGAUGGAAAGUAUGUCUCCCCAUUCCAUGACAUACCCAUGUACGCUGAUGAGAGCCAGAACAUUUUCCACGUGGUUGUUGAAGUACCAAGAUGGACCAACUCAAAGAUGGAGAUUGCGACCAAAGACCCCCUGAAUCCGAUCAAGCAGGAUGUGAAGAAGGGGAACCUGCGUUAUGUUGCCAACGUUUUCCCCCACAAAGGCUACAUCUGGAACUAUGGAGCAAUCCCUCAGACAUGGGAGGACCCCGGGCACAAAGAUGGAGACACUGGCUGCUGUGGUGACAACGACCCAAUUGAUGUCUGUGAAAUCGGUACCAAGGUGUGUUCGCGUGGUGAAGUGAUCAAGGUGAAGGUACUGGGGGUUUUGGCCAUGAUCGACGAGGGGGAGACGGACUGGAAAGUCAUGGCCAUCAACGUGGAGGACCCUGAAGCUAAGGACCUGAACGACAUCAGUGACAUCCAGAGGCUGAAGCCAGGUUACUUGGAGGCCACAGUGGACUGGUUCAGGAGGUACAAGGUACCAGACGGGAAACCAGAGAACAUGUUCGCCUUCAACGGAGCGUUCAAAGACAAGGACUUUGCCAUUGAGACAAUCAAGAGCACCCAUGGCUUCUGGAAGGCACUUAUCUCUGAAAAGACCAAUGCUGGAGGACUCAACUGUAAAAACACGUGUGUGUCGGUGGGAGACAGCCCCUUCUGCUGCUCUACGGACGAGGCCAAGGCUGUCGUAGGCAGGACAAGCCCUUGUGGAACUGAAGAUCAUAUCCCCUGCUCAGUGGAUAAAUGGUUCUACUAUGAGAAGAAGUAACUUUGCGAAGGAGACUCAAUGGACCAGAAGUGUCUCAUCUGUUUAGCUAGCAUACUUGAAGAUAAUAGUCGAUGGUUGUGGGUCUGACUGAGAAACAAUAGACUAUCUUCUCCACACUCGGAAGAUGAGAGGAGAUAGAAGGACAAAAAGAGUAAUGAAAUCAUGUCUUAGGAAAUGCAUUUUCCCUGUUAUUUAACUAAGGUCUCAUUGGAGAUGUGCUGUCCAACAGCUGGCACUGGUAGUGUGCUAGCUAUAGCUACUCAUGCACUGUAUGCCAGGAUCAUCUCAAUCGUCUUUUAAUAAAGCUUUUUCUGUUGAAAAAAUGUC